GAUUUUGGUGUUCAGCAUGAACUUUAUCGGAGUUCUUGUUCUUCAUCUGCUAUUUAAGUCUUAAAUAUAUACUUUAUUCUAUAUUUGUGAACAGUAAAUCUAUGAAUCGGUCAAAUUUAUAUCGCUAGAACCAUUGGUUAAAUUAUUAGAAGGCAGCAGCAGUAAACAGAAUGUCUACUCGAAACUUACGAAGACUCUUGGGUACAACUACGCUACCACCAGUUGAUGAUGAAAACUCUGAUGAUGACUUUGUACCACUUUAUGCAAGACAAGAGUCCGCUGGUGCAGCUUAUUCCGUUUUGGAAGUAAAUUCUACAUCUGAGGCUGAAGUGGAAGCAGACAGUAAGCAAGAAGAGGAAGCUGAAGUAGAGAAUCCGCAGCAAGGAAAAAAGAAGAAAAAGAACAACAGGAAGAAAAGGAAGGCAAGAGCAGCUGCAACAGCAUUUAAAAUGGAUGAAAUUGAUAGAUCGGUCCGAGAGGUAAAUGCUUUGCUCGGGGAACCAGUGCCAGUCGUAGAGGCCCCUGUACAGGAAGUUAAUCCUGGACUUACCCUAUUUUCCGUCCAGCAAAAACACCUGGACGCUAAUAACGAAUUGCGCAGAAUAUUCGGCCCAGAAUCAGAGGAGGAUGAAAGACGGCGUCUGCGACAGCACAAUGUUCGACCACAGAGAAAUAUUGUACUUCCCAAGAACUACAAUUUCAACAAAAUGGGUCUCACCACUGUCAUAAGAGAUCGGAAAGACGAUGUUACAUAUUUCAGCUAUGAACAUAGCAGAGAUUACAGAACGAUGCAACAAACAUUCUUGGACAAUGUUGCAGGUUUGAGGGCUGCUGGAGUUAUGCCUCCAUUAGAGGAUUUAUUGAAAACGAUGCAUGUUGAAGCUCUUUUAGAGUCAGCUGAUAUCUUCUUCCGCAUGGAGAAUUACAAUUUGGCGAAUGAUAUAAUCGAGCAAAUAAUUGCGUACUUGCAGUAUGUGGCCCACCCCUGCUUCACACUCACCGGUAGACGGACUCGUCUAGAAUACAAGUUCAUAGAGAAUCGUCCGUUCCACAUUGCUCUGCUCAAAUAUCUGCAUCUGCUAACGAACAGAGCUUGCCACCGAACCGCUUUGGAGAUAGCCAAAGUCCUGCUCAAUUUGGAUCCCACUGAUCCCCUGGCAGUGAUCUUCAUAAUAGACACUUUGGCCUUACGAGCUCGGGAACAUAAGUGGUUGAAAGAUGCCGUGGAAUACUGGAAUUCUACUCGGGAGGGGAAUUUUCUUUUCAACUUGCAGUAUUCCCGGGCUAUGUGCUGCUUCCACCUAUCUAGGUCGAGAAAUAACCAGUAUAAAGUCGAUAUUGAGGAAGCGAACAAAAUAUUAAAGGAGUGCUUGUUAAAGUUCCCGUUCGCUUUGAUGAAGAUCUUGGAGUGCAGCAGCCAGAAUCUGUCCCAGCAGCUAAAGGAAAGCCAUUUGUUUAACGGCUUUGCGAUAAAGAAUACGCCAAAAGCGCUACAAGACUUAAUGUCGUUGUACGCAAAAUUCACAUGGUCCCGUUGGCGCGAACCACCCGUAAUGGAGUGGCUGCUAAAGAACGCCACAGAACUGUCUAUUAAGUAUGAUUCUGAUGUGAAGUCACAGGCUAUGGCAUUGAGGGAGGUAGAAAAGAACUUAUCGGUGCUGCAGAAGUGGCCGGUUGAGAUCGUGAGGCAUUUGUGCGUCAUCACCCCGAUGUCAGAUUUACUUGUUGAUGGUGCGGUACCAGAAGUGCCGGCAUAUUUGAGCGCUGACCCAGUGCCGCCUAAAGAGAACAACAUAAACCGCUACGGCUACGUCAUGCAGCGUCAGGUCAACCGCCAGUUCCUGUUGGAAUUCCUGCGCACUCUGCAGCCGUUCUUCGAUGAUAACGACGUGGAAGCUAGCAAGACUAGUGGCGCUGGAAACGAUGAGGUGCAUACGCCAUCACUAUGGUACUAUGAACACCUCUUAUUCUUGGAUGAAAAAAUCACGCCGACGACAGAGGUUAUUGAUAAUAUGGAGACGGAUUCUUCCCAGUCACAUAAUGAUGAGGAACCUGCAACAAAAAGAGAACGCGUUACGAGAAGAAAGCAAAAUGACAUUUUAAAGAAACAGUCGGAAUUACUAGAGUCUGCUAAAAUAUUAAUAUCUGGUGACGGCACAUCAGCUGAUGCUUUCGGGAACUCCGUGAGUUCUCAGCUCAAGGAGCUCCCAAAAGUACAAAGAUGCCUCGCCGAAAAAUUAAUAGGAGAAACAUUGUUCUAUGCAAAACUAGGAGUGCUUACUUUUGAAACCUCAAUAAAUAUUAAAAGAAGAUCAGUACAAUAUUUAGGUCAGGGGUACGCGUACCAGCAGCAGGUGCCACAAACAUAUGCACCAUCACCAACACCAUCACCUCAGCAUCACCAGCCGUCACCAUAUGCACCAUCACCAUCACCAUCACCACAGCAUCACCAACCGACACCAUUUGCACCAUCACCAACACCAUCACCACAGCAUCACCAGCCGUCACCAUUUGCACCAUCACCAACACCAUCACCACAGCAUCACCAGCCGUCACCAUAUGCACCAUCACCAUCACCAUCACCUCAGCAUCACCAGCCGUCACCAUUUGCACCAUCACCAUCACCAUCACCUCAGCAUCACCAGCCGUCACCAUUUGCACCAUCACCAUCACCAUCCCCACAGCAUCGUCAGCCAUCACCAUCACAUAAGUACUCACAUACAUCACAAUCACUUCAACUCAGUCAGCCAUCAACGUCAUCAACAUUACCUCAGCUUCCACCAUCAUCAUACCAGCAACAAUUAGAUUCCAAUUCAUUAAUUAAUUACAUAAGCAGCAAUCAACAACAGGUAGUCAGAGGAAAGGGGAAGGAGUUAAAAAAAUAUUUGAUUUUUAAAAACGGUGCUGUAGCAACAAUGGUUGCUGCAACCAACGCUAUUUUAGCAUUUUUCGAUAAUACCGGUGGCAUGAGUAAUCCUACAUCGAUAUUUUGUAUAAUAGCAACGGAAUUUUGCGAAAGAUUUUCAUUCUGCGGCUUACGAACUAUUUUAUCCUUAUAUCUACGAAAUGUCUUGUGCCUUCAUGAAAAUGCUGCCACUGUUGUUUACCAUAUUUUUAUAAUGAUGUGCUACACAAUGCCUUUGGUGGGAGCGAUACUAGCAGAUAAUUUUAUUGGUAGAUAUAAAGUUAUAUUGUAUUUCUCCAUUAUAUACCUCUUCGGAACAAUAUUGACGUGUUGUUCUGCGAUACCUCCUCUCAUGUUGCCGCCCACAACUACAUCAAUGAUCGGCUUAGCACUGAUUGCUACUGGAACGGGCGGCAUCAAGCCUUGUGUAGCGGCAUUUGGUGGAGAUCAGUUCCGAUUACCCGAAGAGAACCAGCGCUUGCAGCGAUUCUUCUCCACAUUCUAUUGCACGGUGAACCUGGGUGGCUUCAUGGGGACCAUAGUGACGCCGACCCUCCGCCGGAGCGUCAUGUGUUUUGGCGACGAUACCUGUUACGCGCUCGGCUUCGGCUUUCCGUCGCUCCUUGUUCUUAUUUCUAUUGUGACUUUUGUCGCGGGAAAACCGUGGUACAGAAUAAAAAAGCCGCGUGACACUAUCACUCUCAAGUUUGUGGCGUGCGCUUGGUAUGCAUUCAAGAAGAGGUUACAGCAUGACAUAAAUGUGGAUGGUCCGCCAUUACAGCAUUGGCUUCACUACGCUAUCCAUAAGUAUGGCGAUAAGCUGGUGACUGAUAUGAAAGUUGUAUGCUCCAUACUGUACUUGUACCUCCCAGUACCGAUAUUUUGGUCACUUUUUGAUCAGCAGGGUUCCCGCUGGACAUUUCAAGCUUCGCGGCUACGGAGUGAGAUUUUCGGUAUGACGUUAAUGCCGGACCAGUUGCAAGUGAUGAACCCGGCAAUGGUGCUCCUCAUGAUACCAGUCUGCCCGGGAGGCGCCUGGCCAGUUCUACCUGACCUCCCGCCGCUGCAUAAGAUGUUCAUAGGCGGAGUUCUUGCAGCAAUGGCCUUUGUUUCCGCUGGCAUUUUACAAAUCGGGAUUGAGCGUUCCACUCUGCAAGUACCGUCUCACGAUCAAACGGGCCUUGUGUUAUUGAACACCCUGGGAUGUCCAGUUGAAGUGGGGGUGAGGGGGGAAGGCAUAGCGCACAUUGAGGAGCAAGGCACAGCGCUCAUGACUUCCUUAGCGCAUCAAACCUAUCUCGUCUCUGCUAGUUGCACGGUAAUGUGUGCCGGGAGGAUCAUGAAACGACAUUUGAUCACUGCUCGAAUCAAUACUGUGGGCGGAAUGUUUAUGCCUGUUAUCGUUGGACAAAACUCCGAUGACGAGAUCUCUUUUUACUUUAUGGAUCCGAACCCUUUUAUGAAGUCAUUAACAGGGAAGCCAAAAUUGAAGGUGGUAUACAUUGGCGACACUGGGCCCAAUAAAAACGUUUCAAUAACUGUGGAAACCGAUAAACAAUUGAGCGAUAUUUACUACGUAUCUAACGCUCCGAUCGACCACAUCGGCGAAUCGGCUUACAUGUGCUUACAGCCAGGGAAAUUUAGAUGGCGCGCGAGCAGCGCCGGCGACGAAGUCUCUGGCUCAGGCGAGGGGUACCUCCGCGCGGGCGGCGUGUACGUGCUGUGCCUGCGCGAGAGGCUCGGCAGACUCGACGCGGCCGUGCUACACGCGCCCAACCCGCCCAACGAGCUGCACCUGGCCUGGAUCGUACCCCAGUACUUCCUGAUAUCCGUCGCGGAGAUCAUGUUCGCCGUGUCGGGCCUUGAGUUCUCGUUUACACAGGCUCCAAAAAGCAUGAAAACCAUAACAAUAGCUUCGUGGUAUGUGUCAGUAGCGAUUGGGAACCUCAUUGUUAUAUUAGUGGCACAAACUAAAAUAUUUGAAUCCAGAGCUGCAGAGUUUUUCGUCUAUGCCGUCGUAUUGACAAUCGCAAUGCUCGUGUUUUUAAAAAUGGCCCAAGGCUAUUGUACUCGAACAAUAGAGGGUGAUGGUUCAUCGACUGAGAGCCACCCUUUGCUACGUCAUCAUUCUAGGGUUAUAUCCGUCCAUUCAUUAUCUACGAGUACCCGACCAAGGACGUACAGCGGGCCCGCAAGUAGCGCAGCAUCUUGUAUGGGCUUCAUGGAGAGGGCGCGACCAGCUGCGUGGCCGACUAACGCCUUUGUCCAUCUCGCAACGCCGAGCUCGAGUGACGUGAAAGCUACUACAUUGGCUAAGGACUAACAUGUAUACACUAACACUAUAUACUACAAUUUACAGCACAAUAGCUUACAAUUAUAAUUGUAAUUACAAUAUUAUCGAAUAUCGAUAUAAUUUGCGUAAGGACUUAUCAACAUAUAGAUUAUAGAUGUAUUGUAUAUUGAGUGAGAUUGAUUUAAGUUUGUAUAAUACUA